AUGUCAACUACAUCCAGCGUAUACCGCGCAACCCAGCUGCAAUGCAACCGCCUCCGUCCCACUACGCUCUCCCCAGCUGGCAUCUAUCAAUUUGACAUCAAGUGGGCAGCAGGAUGGGGCAAUGGCGCAGUGGGUGACCCUGCGAGAGAUGCCUUGCAGCCUGCAUCCCUCCGAAAGGGCUGCUGGCCUUUCCCUGUCUUCAGGGAGGGAGAUCGAGGAGCAAAGAGAAGAAACCCAUCCAGGAGGAAUCGAGGGCGCAGGAGAGAGAGAGAGUCUCGAGCCGAGUUGGGGGGGCUCCCGUUUGCGGAACGGCCAAAACACGGCGAAAAGCAGAAAAGCAGAAAAGCCGGCUCUGAUCAAAGCGCUGCCUGUCAACAUCUCAUUCCCUUCCUUUAUUUGUUCGCUUCUCCCCCUCUUCUCCUCGAGACCUCCUCCGGCGCAAACCUACAUUCCUCGCGCGGUCCUUCCGGGGCCCAACACCACACCAAACACUCCAGGCACAGACUGCCUUUCCCACCAACCACAACUCCAACUCUCCAUCGCUCCUUGUCUUCUCUUAUGUCCAUCAUCCCUUGCCAAUAUCAACCGUCUCCGCGCAAGAUGUUACUCCCAUCGGCGCUUCCUAGCGACUUGCGACAGCCGCAGACCCAGUUGCACGUCGCGCCCAAUGACGACUUCUUCCCAUCGGGCAACGGCUUGCUGGGAACCUGUCGCGCCCUGCAAACUCUCCUGAACGGAUCUCCUGCAUCAACUCCCCGCCGCGCAACUCCCCCGCGUCUCCAAAGUCCCCUCCAGCUGCGAUCCCCACCUCCCACCCGGUCGCGCAAGCGGGUGUCGCAAAAAGACGUCAACCUCAAACAAGACUCUCCCUCCCCCAUCGCCUCUCCUUCCAGACCUCCGCGCGGCGCAAACAAACGUUGUCGCGAUACUUUCGAGAUAGAAUCCGAGACCGACACCGAUAAUCACAAACCCACCCACUCCGUCGUCACCGAAUCGCGCCUUCGCUACUCCACCCCCAAACGUCGCAGACAUAUUCCCAAUGAUCUACCAUUAGGUCUGACUCAAUCAGACUUCUACUCGCUCUUCUCUCCGCCGAUCACACAGUCGCCUCCGUCGCCGGCGCAUCGAACACUCGGGGAUCUGGACGGAAAGGAAGGACCAGAACGUGACACACCCUCAUACAACCCCGAUGCGGCGCUGCCGUCCAUCGAGAUAAGCGAUGACUUCAAGAACACCCCGCUAGAUGAACCAUCGCCGAUCGACUCCUCCCCAUCUUGGACCGCAGAGGAUGACACAAGCCUCGUGGACCUCGUCCUGUCGAAGAUUCAGCUCUCCAGACAAGACUUGAACGACUGCGCCAGGAAACUGGGCAGAGAUGGCGAGUCCAUCGGACAUAGAUGGCGAGCCCUCCUAGAUCAAGGGGAUGUAGGUUUGCGACGGACCGUCAAAAGGCGGCCUGAUGAGAGUUGA